AUGAUAGAAAAGGUUAAAACCGCUUUGUUGAACGCUUCGCUUGCUUCGGACAAACGUUUAGUAAGAAAUGAUCAUGACUCUAAUAAAAGUUUCUUUUCAGAUUGCUUGCACCUACAACUAUAUCGUGACUCGAAGGAUCGCUACAAGCAAGGACACACGAAGGCCUCGCUUUCCUUAGAACACUUUCUUGGGUUGGAAACAGGAUUUACCUUAGAUAAAGAAUCUAACACUGUGGCUAUUUUAUGUCAAGAUGUUGUCGUAGUGCUCGCGUUUGAUAGUCGCGAAAGGUUAAUGCAAUGGCAGGUUAAACUGAGCACUCACCUCGGAGAUGGUGCCCAUUUUUUGGUGCUUCUAUCAUCGGCACCGCAGAAAGCUCGCCUUCCGCCAGGACCGGCCCGUUUGCACGUGCAAGAGUUUGGAUUUUGUCUCAGCACCGGCGUACCUCCACGAGUUGCGGGCCACUGGAUGAUUUCUCAUUUACGGCGCUAUGGCGUCGUGGAAGGUCGGUUUUGUUUCGAAGGAGGCUCGCGAUGCGGUCUCGGUGAAGGGCUCUACGUGCUUCUCACCGAUCAAGGCGAAGAAAUCACAAACACUUUGAAGUUGGCAGCACAAGGACAGUUGUUUUGCAACCGUAGGCGCCCAGUUUCACGCAACAUGUCCGUUAUGGACAGUCCUCGCCGGACCGCUUCGCGCGUGGAUUCCCGCAAGCAGGAGUUGAUCGAUUCACUUCGUGCACGUCCUGAUUCCCCCUACACAGAUUUGGAGAGCAACUACGGUUGCGGUGAUGUAUCUUCGGAUACUUGGAACGUUCCGCCCAUUGAAAGAUGUAUGAGUUGUAUUAGUAAACUAGGAGCAUUAUCGAGAUCUUCCACUACGGCGACCACCCCAGGGGUGCCUUGCUGGGAACACUCCUGCGACCGCCACUCGCUCAGCAGCGGCUCUGACUGCAGCGGCUGGAGCCAGGCUGUAACCAAACCACCUGCCCGGCCUCCCAAACCGAACUCCCUAUCGCCUCAGAAAAAAUUACCAUCGCCCCCAUCCUAUGAUAAUUACGACAUACCUCGUAUUCCUCUACCAGUUGAACCAAAGAUCGACGAGCACUAUGAUACACCACGAAAAAUCAAGGAGUGUCUCACUGAAGCGGUGCGAAAACCGUGCGGAUGCAUCUUACGCGUCCGCCAACCAGAGCAAGAGCGCCCAUGCGUUUGUCAACGUUUGCUCUCAUGCUGGAAUGGGCAAGAAGACGUCCAGGCGCUUUACGCAACCGUAGAUAUGUCGAAGAAGUGCUCGCGGACGCACAACUACGCUAAUUUCCAACCGAACGCGCCUCCCAACUAUGCAAACAUGGAUUUCGCUCAAUCUCUAGAACUAUACGAAAAUGCCAAGCAAGUAGCCCAAAACGCGGGGCUGUGUAAUAAAUGUGGCCAUCCCCAAAGCGACUAUUUAAUGAUGGAGCCGGCUCGUAAGAGCCAGCCUCCUCCCGGUUACCUACCAAUGUCCCCGGCGAUCAAGCAGCGCCUGACUCGCGUGCUUUCCUCGAGCAAUCCGAACCUGGCGCCGUCGAUCGACCGAUCGGUGAAACCGUCGGGCUCGGCGAUGCUGCAGGCGAACGUCUAUCAACGAAAGCAGCUGCUCGACUCGACCGACAACCUCGAACAGCGCCGCAGACGUUCGAAUUCCGCCGAUUCUAGUCGUUGCGAAGACACCGAGGCGUGUCAAUGCAACUGUACCCAAAGCGUGGUACGCCGUUCCUCAUCCGUUCCUUGUAAGUCGAACCGCGACUCGUCCAGCUCCAACGACUCCGGUGUCUUCGAGUUACCGCGCCGCAUCGCGUCCGGCAUCGCGACGCUACCUCGCCGCUCCAAAUCCUCCGAUCCUCUACGCGACCUCAGCUUUCAAUUCCAAAAGGUCGACGGAAAAUCCGCGAGCGCCGAAGCCGAAGUACCCGUCUGUCCGUCUGAGUCUACCAGUAGUGCAACCUCCGAUAUGUCCGAUUACAUUGAGACGUUAUCACUGUCCUCGCAUAGUUCUAACGAAGCUCCGCCGCCUAGUUGUACAUUACGGCCUAGAUCUGGCAACGAAUAUUUGACUUUACAAAGACUUAUAGCUCCGGUUCCAGAGGAACUUCAUAACUAGUCUCGUAACACUAAGCAAUACUAUGGUAUACUAUUGUAAUCAUUUUAGCGUAUUUACUUAACAUGGAGGUUCUGUAUAAAACAACGACUUUAUUAAACAAAUUAUUAAAUUUAUUAUGUGGUAUUUUAACACCAGAGAGGUGUGUGUAUAAAUAAAUGCAUGUACAGAUUU